AGAUGACUAGGAGCAUGCUGAGAUCUUCAAAGUGCGAAAUUUAAAGCGACUUUUUUUUUGGAAACAUUUAACAUAUUUUGAAAGUAGUUUAAAUGUCAUAGCUUAAAAGAUGCCACCAGGAAAGCAAAAUGCCCGGAUGUCUCGUGCCAACGGCGCAGGCGAAGAUAAUCGAACGAUUGCUGAGAAGUUAGCUUUAGGAUCUGAAGUGAAAGAAUUAAAAAUGGGCCGCAGUUUCAUGAAUGAUAAAUCUGUAUCAUUCCAUACUUUGCGGUAUGACUUCAAGCCAGCUAGUGUCGACGUUUCAAAAGACGCAGCUGUUGCGAUUGAAGAAAAUCAGAAAGUGACCGUAACAGUGCCCCAUGUAGAUGGUGCAGGCACUCCCCAUACUGUAUAUAAAGGCUCAUACCGCCCUUACCAGAAAGAAUGUGUUCUGAUAAUUGAUAGAAAAACCGGAAAAGUGACACUGGAGAAACUGAGCAGUAAUUUACAAUUGAAGAAAACUCGCUCAGAGACAGAAGGUUUUAACAAGAGAAGCAGCUUGUUGCGUGCACAGCAGAUGGCUUCAUCACUAUCAACAGUUAUACCACGUCAUUCACCAUUGCAUCCAUCGCCAUCACAUCAUUCACGUAGUCCAACCCAGACUUCAAAUCAAGCAGCAUCAGCAGCAAGCAGUUUACCACUUAUUGGUCUGGAUGAAAUUACUGAUACAGUCUCCCCACCAGCACCUUUAUCUUCUCAGCAAGAAAACAUGGGCCAACAGUCAUCGCUCCCCUCACUUUCAGAGUCAUCAUCAAGUGACAGUUCUCCAGAUCAGUCAGACAGUGAAACGGAGACUAAGCCUUCGAGUGGUCAUCAAUCUUUUCCUAGUGGUGGUGGUAAUAGUACCAAUGGACAAUUUUCAGGGUUCUCCAAGAUUCUGAAUGAGGAUUUGCAGCUGUCAGAAUCCGGUUCAGAUGACUAAAAAAAAAAUACUUCAGAAAUGAUCCUUUUGAACUUCAGUUCCUCUGUUAUUGCAGGUUCUGUUGUAGUUGCUUUAUUUAUUUGCUGUCAUGUGACAUGUGAUUGUUCAAAAAGUUUGCCAAUUGACAGUUUUGAUUUUUAUUUAAAAAGAGGAACUUGCAAAUCAUCGCUAUCUGUGUUAAGAAAAGGAAAUUUGUCAUCUGUUGGAGGAUACUUUUGAAAGAAAAAGUUGAGCUGAGUAACAUGAAAAUUUGCUGUGUAAAAAUUUAAUGUUGAUGGGAAAUAACUUUCUGCCAGUUGAACAUUCUAACAGAUUGUGGGAGCUGUCUGUUUAGUAAUAGUGCAAUACAUAAUCUAUUUAUAUUGUUUUGUAUUAUGUAAAGAUGAGAAACAAACCCUGUCAGAUGUGAAUAAAUUAGAA